ACCAAGUAUUGAGUGCAUGUACAGUAAAUAAACAUACUUUCCAGACAGCCAACAAUUCACUAAAAAAAAAUAUACAAAUAAAUAUAUAUCCUGGAAAUCAGCAGUCAUGCUGUCUUAGUUCUUUGUGAAACAUGAUUUGCAUGGCUCAUUUUUCCGUGAAUGCAACACCUACUCACAUUAUAUGGUAAUAAUACACUGGACGUACCUGAGAAUAGCAUUCAUCUCCUUUCGAAAAAUGAUUUUGCGUCUACCAUGGACCUGAACACUUCGGUAAACUGUACUAUCUGGCCACAUGAAAACGCAGUGGAGCAGUACAUGUACCCGGAGGCUUACUCGAUGUUCUUCAUCAUUGGAUUUCCAGCAAACUGCCUGUCCCUGUACGUGGCCUGGGUUCUGAUGAAGAAGGGCAAUAAUUUGGCGGUUUAUCUGAUUAAUUUGUCGGUCGGAGAUCUGCUGUAUAUCCUCACUCUACCCAUUUGGAUCAUGAUGGCACUCGGCUAUGAGGUGAAUGACAGUCUGUGCAGCAUUAUAGCGGUGGUCAUGUUCAACAGCUUCUAUGUGGGUUCGGGGUUCCUGUGCUGCAUCUCAAUGGACCGAUAUUUAGCCAUCGUGUUUCCGCUGUAUUUUGCACGUGUGCGAGAGGUCAGAACUGCAGUAUUGGUGAGCUCCAUUGUAUGGCUGGUGGAGAUCGUGCUUCAUCUGGGUCUUCUAAUCUACAGACAGGAUAUCUGGAACUUCUCUGCCAGUCGUAUGUGCGAGGAGCCGAUGAUGAUGAGCUCCGCCGCCGCCAAUGUGGCCAUCACACGCGCUGUCCUAGGAUUUCUGGUUCCUGUGAUCAUUAUGAGCUUCUGCUUCGAGGAGAUCAUCAGGGCGCUGAAGAAAAGCACAUCAACUUUGGUCAGCGAACGGAGGAAGAUUUGCCGCCUUCUCUUCUCUCUCCUUUUCACCUACUUGCUGGCUUUUACACCCUUCCAGGUGGUGAUGUUCAUCAGAGGACUGCUGGAGCCUGGAAACUGCAGCGUCGCGAAGAAUCUCAGAGACGUUUACAUGGUGUUUGUGGCUACGACUACAAUAAACAGCGUUUUAGACCCCAUCCUUUAUUGUCUCAUAAGUGACAGUGCCAAAACUGAAAUGAAACGACUUUUUAAUCUCUGUGAGGAACAAUUCAAGAAGAUGCAUUCAUCUGUGGUGAAACCUUGAGACUCCAAAUAUACUGUAAAUUAAUGUCAGACUCUUAAGAUCUGAAGAUAUGAAAUUAUAGUCAGAAAAUUUAAUUUUACAGUUUAUUUUACAGAACAGUUUAUUGAACCUUUAGACAUAAAAAAAAGUGUGCUUACGUGUUUUUGUUGAGUAUCAGGCUUGUAUGACUCAUAUAGUGUGAAUAUGGGGAAAAACAGCCCAAUUACAUUCAGACAACUGAGGAAAAAUAUGCCAUUUGGCGCAGAUGCCCAUAUUUAUAUGGACAGAAAUAUUAAAUUCUGUUGCUUGUAAUGUAAAUCGAUGAGAGUUUUAUAACAGUAGAGCAGAUACUUACAUAAAAUGAUAUAAAUAUCAGUUGUCACUCUAUAUCUCCAAUAAUAUGUCUCAGUAAGAUGAGAUU